AUGUCCGCUAUAUCUGCUGCUGAGGGAGAUGGUCAAUUACCAUCGGAACCUCCCACGGUAACCAUUGAUAUGUCUGAACCCCCCGAGGAGCAUUUCAAACCAGCAGUGAGAGCUGUCCUCAAGGAGUAUGCUUACGAGGAUACAUUUGAGCCCCUAUUCCGCGAAUUCAAUGCUACCGUAUUCGGCAAGGAGAAGCUUCAAGACGAAGACUAUGAUACUCUGGCUGAUGCUGCUGAUAAGUUCUUCCCUACGCAGGCUCGUGAGCUCAGGGGCAUAUCGGAAGAGUUCGGUACUCAAGGCCAUUACGUGAGCUAUCCUUAUCUCUCGGCUUGGUUGUAUGCAAUUGAGAUGGAGCACAUCGAAUAUCCUGAUUCAUCAAGCACUACUGCCGAAGACAAUAACGAGUGCACUGCCCUCUUGGUCGCUGAUUGUGAAGGCAAUGUUGUUCAGGGACGUAACAUGGAUCGUCCCCCAGCGUAUACCCCCUACGCCAGGCCAGUCACUCUUAACUUCGAUGUCAUCAACAACUCGAACGGCGUACCUGAUUUCAAGGCUUCUGGUUUCUAUUG